GUAAUUGCGGUUUGGUAAAUAUAUUUUUAUCAUUGUUCAAGUAUGGAACAUAAUAUUUCUCUAAAUCUUCAGAAAUGGAUAAAAAAGUGUUUAAAGAAAGAGUUUGAAAUGAAUAUACAGAAAUGCUUGGAAGAAAACAUGGAAUGUACUGACAUUGUUCAAGAAAUUAUACAUUCGAAAGAAAUGCCUGGUUUUUUAAAUUCAAUGAGAGCUUCGCUUGUUGAACAAUCUGUUUCAAAAUCAGCAUCAACAUUGUUUUCUGAUUCUCGACCUCAGUCUUCUCUUUCUUGUCUUAGUGAUCAAACAAGCGAAGAUUGGAAUUCUCCUUUGAAUAAUGAUGAAUAUUACAAUAUUAUUUUUGAUAAAAUCAGUAAUGAUAAACCUACUCAUGUUAGAUUAGCUGCCUAUGAAGUUUUAUUAAAAAAUGAUUUAUCAAAUGUAAAUAACAAUCCCAUAUGGAAUUCACUUAAAAAAGCUCUAUUGGAUAGUCUCACAGAUGAAAAUAGACCCAUUUUUGAAGCCAGCUUGCAAGUUCAUGCAAAAUUAUUAACAUGUUUGCAAUCAUAUGAUGCAUAUAUAAAUUUAUUAGAUGCCUUUAAUGCUCAAUAUCAUUCUCAAAAAACAUUUGAAAUAUUACCAACUUUGUUCACUGGAAUUAAUUUUAAGUUCUUUUUACAUGAAAGAGUAUUUCGUAUUGUACAUUUAAUACUUCAGUAUCACAACGAAAAGCUGAAAUGUGCAAGAAAUCCUGAUAAAUCUACAGAAGAAUUAAUAGAAACAUUUAUAACUUUUUUUAGCACACAUGAAUUUGGCAAUGCAAUACAAUCUAAAACAUUAAAUAUAUUGAAUAUUAUUGCUAUAUUAGAACCAUGUGCUAAUUGGAGCAAAAAGUGGAUUGUUAAUCUUGCUACUAGAAGACUAUUCUUACUUGCAUUAGGCAAAUCGCCAAGUAUAUUACAAAAUAUAAUGAAUUAUGUAGAAAAAGGAUUAGAAGAUCCACCUCAUUUUGUAUCAGUUUCUAUUUGCGAUGAACCGAUGGAAGCAAUCAUUAAUGGAAAUACAAUAGAAACAGUAACUUAUCUUCAUUGCUUAUGCUUUGUGUCACAACUUUGCGCUUAUGAGGCAGGCAGGACACUGUUAGAAGAAACUAUUUUCGAAAAGCCAUUUUCCAUUUCUGAUUUUCUAACUGCAUCUUUGAAAGCCUUAAAUAAAUUAUCUGUGGAUACAUUAAAUGGCGUAUAUGACAUUUCUUGCUACGCUUUACAAAUUAUUUUAGAUAAGCCAACAAGUUUAUAUAGUUUUGAAUUUUAUCACAUUGCAUUAUGUCAUUUGCCUUCCUUAUCUGAAAAUAAUAUAAAAGUAUGGCCACAUACAUUAAACAUAAUCUUACACAUGUUGGAUACAACAGAUGGUUCGCUAUUUCUUAUCUCCGAAUGUAAGGAACACACAGUCAAUUUUGAAAAUAAUGUGACAAAAUGUCCUGCUAUGUAUAUUAUAGUAAUAGCAUCGAACAUGUUAAAACAACCUUUUUCUAUAAUGAAUAACGAAUAUCUUCUUAAAUUAUUCAAAGUACUGGAAAAAUUAUUUGACGUGUUUGAAGCUUAUGAAAUUGUACAAUAUAAAAUAGAAAAGGAAUUUUAUCCUGCUGUAUCAUAUUUUUAUAAUAAAUUAGACAAAACUUACUUUGAGAAUGAAAAUAAAGUUCAACAGAUAAAUAGUGCUAUUAUAUCGUUGUUACUUAAAAUGGUGUCUAUACCAUUUGGAUUGAAAGCUAUUGUUCAAGAAUCAUCUGUAUUUCACGAAUUAAUAGAAGGAUGUAUAGCACCCUUAAGAAUGUCAUGGACAUCAACAGAAGUGGUUAAUUUUGUAUCAACUGCUGCAUUUUUUGAUUUGGGAUAUACUACGCUUGCGAAUCUCGCACCACAUAUUUUGUCAACCUUGCUUUCAGAUACAUGUACAAUAUUAGAAGAUUUGUAUUACUUUCAUGAUCCGUGGGAUCAUGAAAGUAUUCACACUUUUUUACAUAUACUGACCUUUUUUUCUCUGAAUUUUAAAUGUUUUUCAGCACUUAUGACCAGUACAAAAGAAUCAUGCAAUAAUGAGGAACAGAAUUAUCCACUUAACUUAUACGAACUUUUUAAGAAUGCACUAAAUCCUGAAUUAAAUUAUCAUUACUUAGGACUUCUAUCAUUAAAUACUGUAAUUUGGAAUUUAAAUAUUUAUGUUUAUUUAAUAGAAUUACUGGAUUUUCAGAAUAUUAUAUUAGAACUUCAACACUCAAGUUUACAAGAAUUUGAAAAUGAAAAUACAAGGACAGAACUUAUCGAUGACUGCAUUUUGAUGCGAAAUAAAAUUAUAUCUAAAGUACAUUUUAUUAAAACUGAAAAUGAAGAGUAUACUAAUUUAGAAGAGUAUGAUGUAUCAGUAUUACAAACUCUAAAGGUGAAUAAAGAAGAAACAUGUUUCUCGGAAGUUGAGGAUAGAACAGUAUUAGAAAAUUUACUUCAAGAAAGUAAACCUGGUUUGUUAGAUAGUAAUUGGAUUGAAGACGUUAGAGAAGCUUAUAAAGCAUCAUCUGAACCAAUGAAGAAUACUGUAUUAAUACAACUGUUGGAUCAGAUGCAAAAAGCAAUUCCUACUGCAGAAUGGGAAGAAAAUUAUCAUUGGCAAGAAAAUGUUUCAGUAAAUACAGAUUUCUGGUUUGCAGAGGAAAUACAUGGAAUUAAUUUAACGCUAUAUUAUGCAGAGCAGAAUAAUAUUUUAAUAAAUACUACUGAAAUGAAGACAAAAUUACAAGGAUUUAUUAAUACAUGUUAUGCAUUUAUUCAGUAUGAGAGACCAAAAAAAUUUGAUGGAUUUGAUUGGUUUUUAGCAACAGUAUUUAUUAUUUGCGAAGGUGAUAUAGAAACAUGUAAACUAUUUAUUACACAAUUAAUGAAAUUCCCAGUAACUACAUUUUUGUGGUCAAAUUUAGGAAAAGUCGUAGAUAAAAAUGCCCAGGAAGAAGGUACUACUCAAUUUACAUUUAUGCAACUUUUGGAAACUAUCAUUAGUAACGAACUUCCGCAUAUCAAGUUUGCACUUAAGGAUGCUUCUGGGAUUAAUUGGUCUUUAAUAUGCAAUUUAAUGAUAUCUCAGUGCUUCUGGGGUAUAUUAUCUUGGUCUCAAAUUAUACAUUUUUUUGCCAUUUGUGUACUGUAUUCACCUGAUUAUAUAAUAUAUUACUGUAUAUCGCUUUUGUAUCACAAUCAACGUACAAUAAUGCAACAUAUGACAACUGGAAAAAUGUGGCCUGAACAUAUGACGUUAGACGACUAUCAAUGUCAUAAUUAUAUCAGAUUUAUGGAUACAUUGGAUAAAAGAUAUGGUAACAAAGUUUUGCCAAAACUGUCUAUAAAAAGUUUUAAUUCGUUACGCGAAGCAUGAAUAUGUAUUAAUAUUUUAUAAAAGGAAAUCAUGUUACUGUCUCAUAACUAUUCAUUACAGUAACAUAAAGUCAAGAAAGGGGGAACAUUUGAGUAGCAGUAUAAACUCUCACAUUAAUAAUUUUCAAAGAUCUAUUGUUGUAUACCAUUCACAUUACAUGUACUUUUGUGACAUUUUGCUAUCUUACAAAAUAUUUCCUAUUAAAUGCCUUGUAUAUAU